CCCUUCACGACGUAAUUUUUUUUUUAAAACCUCUCUCUCUCUGUACGCACGCGAGAAGAGAACGCGAUCAGAGAUCCGUGCGACGCGUGACGGAUUUGCCAGCGACGCGUCACGUGGCGUCGUCACUCGAGGGAUCUUGCCCUGAGUGGGGAGGGUGCCCGGACCCAGACCCCGCACCCUCGACGGAGCCGCCCGAGGACGGUGCACCCAGGGCAGUCGGCCCCGCAGCUCGACUGCAGCAUGCCCCACAAAGAUUUUUCGCGAAAUCGUGGUGCCGUCUUCAUUGCCAGCAAUGGAGCAAACGGGCGAAACGAAAUUUUUGAAGAAUUUCGUCAAGGCCACAGCGGCGUGAACCAGCUGGGCGGGGUGUUCGUGAACGGGCGGCCGCUCCCCGACUCCACGCGCCAGAAGAUCGUGGAGCUAGCGCACAGCGGCGCGCGGCCCUGCGACAUCUCGCGCAUCCUGCAGGUGUCUAACGGCUGCGUGAGCAAGAUCCUGGGCCGCUACUACGAGACGGGCUCCAUCCGCCCGCGAGCCAUCGGCGGCAGCAAGCCGCGCGUGGCCACGCCCGAGGUGGUGGGGAAGAUCGCGCAGUACAAGCGGGAGUGCCCCUCCAUCUUCGCGUGGGAGAUCCGCGACCGUCUCCUCUCCGAGGGCGCCUGCACCAGCGACAACAUCCCCAGCGUGUCGUCCAUAAACCGCGUGCUGCGCAACCUGGCGAGCGAGAAGCAGCCCAUGGGAGCGGAGGGCGUCUACGACAAACUGCGCAUGCUCAACGGGCAGCAGCAGCAGCAGCCUGGGGCCGGCUGGGGAGCCCGGCCCGGGUGGUACCCGGGCGCGGCUCUCCCGGGACAGCAGGGGCCAGACGGGUGCGCGUCCCACGACGGGAGCCUGGACACGAGUUUGAGCAACUCGGCGAGCGACGACUCGGAGGACGCGCAGAUGCGGCUCCAGCUGAAGAGGAAGCUGCAGCGCAAUCGCACCUCGUUCACCCAGGAGCAGAUCGAGGCCCUCGAGAAAGAGUUCGAGCGGACUCACUACCCGGACGUGUUCGCGCGUGAGCGACUCGCAUCCAAGAUCGACCUCCCCGAGGCGCGCAUCCAGGUGUGGUUCUCAAACCGUCGCGCCAAGUGGCGACGUGAGGAGAAGCUGCGGAACCAGAGGCGUCAGGCGAGCAACGCUCCGAGCCACAUUCCCAUCAACUCGAGCUUCUCCGCCACCGUCUAUCAGCCCAUCCCGCAGCCCACGGCACCUGGCAUGCACCCAGGUGCGAUGCUGGGUCGGACGGACAUGGGUCUGGGCAACUCGUACAGCGCCCUGCCACCUAUGCCCAGCUUCUCCAUGGCUAACAACCUGCCCAUGCAGGCGCCCAUGGGCAGCCAGGGCUACUCGUGCAUGCUCCCCACGAGCCCCGUGAGCGCGCGCAGCUACGACGGCUACACGCCGCCCCACGUGCAGAACCACGUGGGCAGCCAGAGCAUGGGCCCCGCGGGGUCCACAGGUCUCAUCUCGCCGGGGGUGUCAGUGCCCGUUCAAGUCCCGGGCAGCGAACCCGACCUGACGCAGUACUGGCACAGGCUGCAGUGAGGGCUGCCCGUGGCAGCAGCCUACCCACCCCUGGCUCCUCCUACCUGUCUGCCUGCCUGUUUACCUGCCUGCCUACCUGCCUGCCUGCCUGCGUCUUGCCUGUUUGCCUGCCCGCCCGUGACUCCAGCGUCCUGCGAACUCGUGAUCCGCCACCCCCCCCCGCCCCCCGAACCACCUCGGGCUGAACUUUCUCCUCCGACUGCGGAAUGCGUUGAUGAAUUCGUUCGUUCAAUCAUUCCGUAAUUGUUCAUUCACUGAAUCGUGUAUUCACCCAGCCAUUCAUUCGUUGUUCAGUCACGUAUAAGUUAAAUCAUUUACCCAAACAUAACUGUUUUAGUUUUCCAUGAUUGAGUCUCCAUCAUUGUCAUCAUCAUCGUGGCCAUCAGCCGUGAUCUGUCCACUGCUGGAUGAAGACAUGCCGUCGCCAUCCCUCACUGCCGCAGUGCAGGAGAUGGAGUGGUAUAAUGCUCUUAACGAUUCGAUAAUUAUUAAAUCAAUAACUUAUUGCAAAAAAUAAUGUAUUUAUUUCGUUAAAUCAACCGUGCGCUCAAACCCAUUAUUUAGUGUCAGUCAUUCAGAGAAAUAUUACAAUUCCAUCAUUUAUUCAUUCCUCGAAUAACUAAUUUGGUUGAUUAACCCUUCGGUUAUACACGUUUUAAUUAUCCGUACAAUCAAUCAUUCACUCGUUCUUUAGUUAAAUCAAUCAGCCGUUCAAUCGUUCGUCCAACAAAUUCCUCAUGCAUUGUAAUUACAUUUUCAGUUCGUUGACUCACUCAUUCCGUCGUCCUUCCAUUCAUUCCGCCACCGAGAUUUCCUGCCCAAGAAGAUUUGAACAGUGACCAAGGUGAAGGGGACCCCCCCACGAAUUCUCGCAAACUUCGGGAGCCCCCCCCCCAACUCCCUCCGCCCCCACCUCGGAGACAAAGACAAAGCCUCCCCCACCUCCCCCUUCCCCGGAUUUGAAGAAGGGGGGCGCAAGCGGAUGGUACUACACCCCCCCCCCCCCAACAAAAACAAACAUCAAAACGGACAGACGAGUUUUUUUCUCUCUCUCAAAAAGAUGACUUAUAUUGGACGAGAAGGCACGUGUGGGACACGUCACGUGUGAGAGACGUCACAAGGACACGUCACGUGUGGGGGGCACGUCACAGGGACGCUGCCUCUGCGGAUCACGUGCUUCGACAUUCACGGUGGACCCACGCACGCGGCUGAGACUCGAUCGACUUUAGCCAAAGUGCGUGGUGGUGGUGGUGGGGUGGACGAGGUGGAGAUGGUGGAGGAAGUUGUGUUUUGAGUAUAUGCACAUGUGAAGGUUGUCUAUUGUUGUUUGUGAUAGGCGGAGAUAAUCUCUUAUCUCGGGGGUUUCAAGAAGGUGGGCAGGGUUGGGGGUCGGGUAGGUGGGGGGUGGUGGUGGAGGGGGAAGAUGUGGAAUCACCCGUCUCGUGGUGGAGGCGCGUGCACCUGUCUGUGGUAGUGAACCGAUACGCGGCAGUUGUGGAGUUCCCCAGGCUGGCGGCGAAACGCGAGGGUGGGUUGGUUGAUGUGGCGGUGGCGGCGGCGGCUUGGUUUGCCGAGCCAACAACAACAAUAGCUCCAACAAACACGUCUACUCCUACAGUGACACCAACAACAGCAGCUAUCACUAAAAACAACUCAAAUGGCCAGGACAACAACAGCCAAAAUUACAACAGCAAUCAACAACAACAGCCAACAAUGACAACAGUCAACAACAAUCAACAAAAUUCAACAACGACAACAGUCAACAAUGUCAACAACAGUCAACAAUAACAACAACACCCGGAUAUCGAGACAACACAACCACCACCGUCCGUGGUGAUGCCCUAAUCGACACCAUUACGACCACCACCACGCCUACCACAACUACCACCACCACCACACCUACCACGAAACUACCACCACCACCACCACACCUAUCACGAAACUACCACCACCACCUUCACAACCACCACCCCUACCACGAAACUACCACCACCACCACACCUACCACGAAACUACCACUAUCACCUCCACAACCACCAUCACCUCCACAACUACCACCACCACCACACCUACCACGAAACUACCACUAUCACCUCCACAACCACCAUCACCUGCACAACUACCACCACCACCACACCUACCACGAAACUACCACCAUCACCUUCACAACCACCAUCACCUCCACAACUACCACCACCACCACACCUACCCAGAAACUACCACUAUCACCUCCACAACCAACAUCACCUCCACAACCACCAUCACAAUGACCAUCACCUCCACAACCACCAUCACCUCCACAACUCCAAACAUUACUCGGACAGCAACCACCUCCACAACCACCACCCACCACCUCCACAACCACCACCUUACAACCUCCUCACCACCUCGUCACCACCACCACCACCUCCACCAUCACCUCGACGACCACCACCACCUCACCACCACCUCACCACCACCUCCUCCACCAUCACCUCGACGACCACCACCACCUCACCACCCCCUCACCACCUCCACCACCACCUCCACCACCUCCUCCACCACCUCCACCACCACCUUACCACCACCACCUCACCACCACCAUCUCACCACCUCCUCCACCUCCUCCUCCACCACCACCUCACCACCCCCUCACCACCUCCACCACCUCCUCCACCACCUCCACCACCACCUUACCACCACCACCUCACCACCACCAUCUCACCACCUCCUCCACCUCCUCCUCCACCACCACCUCACCACCCCUUCACCACCUCCACCACUACCUCCACCACCUCCUCCACCGCCUCACCACCACCUCACCACUCCCUCACCACCACCAUCGCCACUCGGCAUUAACGAUUCAAAUCCUUAACGAUUCUAUGAAUCGUCACGAUUCGGUGUCUCGAUUCGAUUAUUUUGUGUCGUGUUUUACGCUCUCUCGUUUGCAUUGUUUCCUGGUUUUAUUUUUCAAAGGUCUUGUCCGUGCCGUUGUGUUCACUACCAUUAGCCUAAAUGUAACGUUAGCAUAUCGUUUGCAUAUAAUUUGCGUAAAUCAUAAUAAUCGAUUAUCCGACACGCGAUUCGAUGCGUGUAUCGUGAGCCCAAUAAUCGAUUCGUCGUUCUAUGCCUCAUAACCAUUGCGACCGCCACCAAAACCACAACCACCACCAUGACCAACACCACCACA